ACCACAGAGACGAGGAGGGAAUGGCUGACACCUGGGAACAGUGCUGAGUGAGAAAUGCAGGUCCUGAAAGGCUACAUAGUGUCUGACUCCAUUCAUGUAACGUGCUUAGAGAAGUCGUGGUUGCCGGGCAUUGAGGAGGGCGGGCUGGAGGAACUUCGGUGCAUCUGGGAGCAGCACAGGAGGGUCCCGUGGAUGGAGGCGGCCUCUGUCUCAGCCGUGUGGAUGCCAGUAUCCUCGCUACUUGGCAAGAUGUCAUCAUUACAGGAGACAGAGUUAAGGGUACACAGGAUCUCUCUGGAUUGUUUCUUAACAUGGCAUGUAAAUCCACAAUUAUCACAGAAUAAAGAGUUUAAUUAAAAAGGGAUUUCCAGGGCCAAAUGAAUUUGGGAAACGACAUACUUUACUUCUCUUUGAGAGCCACGUUCACUCUGAAAUCACUGAAUAAACCCUGUGAUGGACAUGUUUAACAUAUUUUUAACUUUGCUUGUUUAACAUAUUUAACUUUAUUUAACCGAACGCUUCCCAACAUGACUGCAGGUGGAACGGCCCCCAGUCCAACAGGAAGCCGUCCUCCUCAGACCCCGCGCCUCUGCAGCAUCAGCACCACCUGUGAGCUUGUUACAGGUGCACAGUCUUGGCCCACCUGGCCACUGAAGCAGACUCUUUAUUCCAGCAAGGUCUCCGGGCGAUUCAUGUGUGUAGCUGUUUGAGGCAUGAACCAGGACAGGCAGCGAGACGUCAGCAGAGACGGCUACACUUCACAAAGCACCACAGUUGCCCCAUUGGUUGAGCAGGCAGGAAGGAGUUAACGUGAUCUGCCCAAGGUCACUGCUGUGAAGGGCAGGGCUGGGCCCGUGCAGGGCUCCUGGCGAAUGAUGGGAUAUCACUCCCCUCAAAUAUUUACUCGUGAUCCACCUGCCAAAGCCCUCAGGAGGCCGUGGGGACGUCGGCUCAGUCUGCAGGCCCUCGCUUCGGCCUCCUUGGUUGCUACAGAGGACCCUGCCAGGUGCAGCCCCCAGUGCCCUCCCAUAGUUGCCUCUUCUCCCGCGUGGAAUGGGGUGGGCUGACAGUCUCCACCUCUCUAUGCUCCGGCAUUCUUCCUUUCUGUGACCCUUUGCUUCCUCCCUGUGUGAGCUGGAACCAAUCUCCUGCUGAAUUCCUCCUCAUUCUUCUCCAAACCUUUAUUGAGUACCUACUGUGUGCUGGAAUAAGACAGGCAGGGCCAUGCCCUCAUGAAGCUGACAAUCCUAUUGGUGUGACCAUCCCCAGGUGUGUCCCAGGUGUGUUGCAGGUGUGUCCGAGGUAUGCCCCAGCUGUCUCAGGUGUGCCCCAGCUGUCCCAGGUGUGCCACAGCUGCAUUGCAGGUGUGCCCCAGUUGCAUUCCAUGUGUGCUCCAAGUGUGCACCAGCUGUCCCAGGUGUGUCUCAGGUGUGCCCCAGUUGUAUCCCAGGUGUGCCUCAGCUGUCUCAGGUGUGUCUCAGGUGUGCCCCAGCUGUCUCCAGUGUGUCCCAGCUGUGCCCCAGGUGUGUGUCCUAGGUGUGCCUCAGCUGUCUCAGGUGUGCCCCAGGCAUAUCCCAGGUGUGCCCCAGCUGUCCCAGGUGUGUCCUACGUGUGCACCAGCUGUAUCCCAGGUGUGCCCCAGGUGUGUCUCAGAUGGGUCCCAAGUGUUCCCCAACUGCAUUUCAGGUGUCUCAGGUGUGCCCAAGCUGUCCCAGGUGUGUCCAAGAUGUGCCCCAGGUGUGUCUCAGGUGGGUCUCAAGUGCCCCAGAUGCAUUUCAGGUGUCUCAGGUGUGCCCCCCCAGUGCAUCCCAGAUGUGUCCCAGGUGCGCCCCAGGUGCAGCCCAGGUGUGUCCCCAGGUGUGCCUCAGCUGUCUCAGGUGUGUCUCAGGUGUGCCCCAGGUGCAGCCCAGGUGUGUCCUAGGUGUGCCCCAGCUGUCUCAGGUGUCUCAGGUGUGCCCCAGGCAUAUCCCAGGUGUGCCCCAGCUGUCCCAGGUGUGUCCUACGUGUGCACCAGCUGUAUCCCAGGUGUGCCCCAGGUGUGCCUCAGCUGUCUCAGGUGUGUCUCAGGUGUGCCCCAGGUGCAGCCCAGGUGUGUCCUAGGUGUGCCCCAGCUGUCUCAGGUGUCUCAGGUGUGCCCCAGGCAUACCCCAGGUGUGCCUCAGCUCUUCCAGGUGUGUCCUACAUGUGCACCAGCUGUAUCUCAGGUGUGUCUCAGGUGUGCCCCAGAUGUGCCCCCGGUGUGUCUCAGGUGGGUCCCAAGUGUUCCCCAGCUGCAUUUCAAGUGUCUCAGGUGUGCCCCAGGUGUGCCCCCGCUGUCCCAGGUGUGUCCAAGAUGUACCCCAGGUGUGUCCCAGCUGUCCCGUGUGUCUCAGGUGUGCCCCAGGUGUGUUCCAGGUGUUCCCCAGCUGUCCCAGCUGUCCCAGGUCUCAGGUGUGCCCCAGGUGUGUUGCAGGUGUCCCCCAGCUGUCCCAGGUGUGUCCCAGGUGUUCCCCAGGUGUGUCUCAGCUGUCCCAGGUAUGUCCCAGUUGUGUCCCAGAUGUGCCCCAGGUGUACCCCAGGUGUUUCUCAGGUGGAUUCCAGGUGUGUCCCAGGUGUGCCCCAGCUGUAUUCCAUAUGGGUCCCUCUGAGUGGGGCCUUGGUUUGAUGUAGCUCCGGGGAUCUUCUGCUCUCUGGUCCUGGUGUCACCAGCAACUGCCUCUUGACAAUCCUGCCUUGCCUGCAAACCCCAGGUGAGAAGAAGACAAAUGACUGGGAACUGACCCCUCAGUAAGCGCUGGUGGUCUCACCUACAGACCCCCAGGAAGCUGGUCACUGUGGGCUUUUUUUCCUCUCUAAAUUCCUAUUAUCAGGUGGUUUUCUUCUCAUUUGCUAUUUUCUUAAAAAUAAAAAUAGGGAAAAACAGCCUUUGUAAAUUACGGUUUCUUCUGGCACCAUCCUCUCCGUCAGGCCCACAUCCCAAGGAAACAGCAGGCUUGAGCCUGGCUGCUGAAGCCAGGGGCUGGAUGGAGCAGCUCAGAACAGAGCUUUGAGUGCCUCUCCAGCCAGGGGCCCCAGAAGCCUGGUGGUUGUCCUUCUCAGGGGAAAAGUGAGGUGGCCCCUUGGGGGAAGGGGCCGGGCAGAAUGAUCUAAUCGGAUUCUAAGCAGCUCAGGGGAUUGUCUUUUUCUAGCACCUUCUUGCCACUCCUAAGCGUCCUCCAUGACCCCGGCUGGGAUUUAGCCUGGUGCUGUGUCAGCCCCGGGCUCCCAGGGGCUUCCCAGUGGUCCCCAGGAACCCUCAACAGGGCCAGGGCGUCUUUCUCGUCCAGCAAGGGCAGGGACGGGCCACAGGCCAAGGGCAGCGGUCAGGCCUGCUCUGUCUGUGAGUGCCGCCGGCUUGGCCUCGGCCGAUGGGCCCUCACGCCUGAAGCGGGCAGGAAGCUCCGGGAUGGAUUUCGGGUCUUUGGAGACCGUGGUGGCCAACUCUGCCUUCAUCGCCGCCCGAGGCAGCUUUGACGGCAGCAGCUCCCAACCCUCCCGGGACAAGAAGUACCUGGCCAAGCUCAAACUGCCCCCGCUGUCCAAGUGUGAGUCCCUCCGCGACAGCCUCAGCCUGGAGUUUGAGAGUGUGUGCUUGGAGCAGCCCAUCGGCAAGAAGCUCUUUCAGCAGUUCCUGCAAUCGGCAGAGAAGCACCUGCCGGCCCUGGAGCUCUGGAAAGACAUCGAGGACUAUGACACGGCAGACAAUGACCUCCAGCCACAGAAGGCCCAGACCAUCCUGGCCCAGUACCUGGACCCCCAGGCCAAACUCUUCUGCAGCUUCCUGGAUGAGGGGACGGUGGCGAAGUUUAAGGAGGGGCCUGUGGAGAUCCAGGACGGGCUCUUCCAGCUGCUGCUGCAGGCCACCCUGGCACACCUGGGCCAAGCCCCCUUCCAGGAGUACCUGGGCAGCCUGUACUUCCUGAGGUUCCUGCAGUGGAAGUGGCUGGAAGCCCAGCCCAUGGGGGAGGACUGGUUCCUGGACUUCAGGGUCCUGGGGAAAGGGGGCUUCGGGGAGGUGUCGGCCUGCCAGAUGAAGGCGACCGGCAAGCUGUAUGCCUGCAAGAAGCUGAACAAGAAGCGGCUGAAGAAGAGGAAGGGCUACCAGGGUGCUAUGGUGGAGAAGAAGAUUCUGAUGAAAGUGCACAGCAGGUUCAUCGUGUCUCUGGCCUAUGCGUUUGAAACCAAAGCCGACCUCUGUCUGGUGAUGACCAUCAUGAACGGAGGCGACAUCAGGUACCACAUCUACAACGUGAACGAGGAGAACCCCGGCUUCCCGGAGCCGCGCGCCCUCUUCUACACGGCGCAGAUCAUCUGCGGCCUGGAGCACCUGCACCAGAGGCGGAUCGUCUACCGCGACCUCAAGCCGGAGAACGUGCUGCUGGACAAUGACGGCAAUGUCCGGAUCUCUGACCUUGGGCUGGCCGUGGAGCUGCUGGACGGACAGAGCAAGACCAAGGGCUACGCAGGGACCCCAGGUUUCAUGGCCCCCGAGCUCCUGCAGGGCGAGGAGUACGACUUCUCCGUGGACUACUUUGCCCUGGGGGUCACCCUGUAUGAGAUGAUUGCGGCCAGAGGACCCUUCCGAGCCCGUGGAGAGAAGGUGGAGAACAAGGAGCUGAAGCACCGGAUCACCUCAGAGCCCGUGAAGUACCCUGAUAAGUUCAGCCAGGCCAGCAAGGACUUCUGCGAGGCGCUGCUGGAGAAGGACCCGGAGAAGCGCCUGGGGUUCAGAGAUGAGACCUGCGACAAGCUCCGUGCCCACCCCCUCUUCAAGGACCUUAACUGGAGGCAGCUGGAGGCCGGGAUGCUGAUGCCCCCUUUCAUCCCAGACUCCAAAACUGUCUACGCGAAGGAUAUUCAGGACGUGGGUGCCUUUUCCACCGUCAAAGGUGUGGCCUUUGACAAAACAGACACGGAAUUCUUUCAGGAAUUUGCCACUGGCAACUGCCCCAUCCCCUGGCAGGAGGAGAUGAUCGAGACGGGCAUCUUCGGCGAGCUGAAUGUGUGGCGCUCGGACGGUGAGAUGCCAGAUGACAUGAAGGGCAUCUCCGGGGGCUCCAGCUCCUCGUCCAAGUCAGGGAUGUGUCUGGUUUCCUAGGUGACGCCCCAGAGUCCACGUGGAGGAAAAGGACCCACGGGGCUCGGUGGGGGCCGCCUGCCUCCGUGGUGCCAGCCUGGGGUCUGCUAGCAAGUGGACACGUGGUUCCCUCCACCCAGGUCCCCAUCACGCCAUCUCCUUGCGGCCCAAGGAGGAGAAAGCCCGCGUCGGCCUGAGCCGCCAGACGCACACCCUGGUGCCGUGAGCCCCCGACUGCAUAUUUCACGUCUUUUGCUCCAUCUCACUGAGAAGACAUAAGAUGCUCUCCAGAGGGAGUAAGCCAAAAAUCUACAAACUCUUAGGGAGCCUCCUGCAUUGGUGAUUGACCAACCGUGUGGUCAGAGGCAGAGACUCAGCUUGGGCCUCCCAAGACCUUAGCCAUUGGCUUCCCAGAGCCACGCUCCUCAGCAGGAUGUGCACUGUGGCCAGGUCAGGGGUUAGUGAACCCUGGCCGCAGCCCCUGGCCCCACUGGGGAGGGCUGGACCUCGGCCCCCCCAGGUCCCUCUGUGCAGACUCCUGCCUUCCAGGGUGCCCGGGCCCUGUGCUGGUGGCCUGCACGCCACGUGGUCCCCUGCACCCUGCGGCGCCGUGGUCCUCUGCACACUGGGGCACCAUGGUCCCCUGCACUCCGGGGUGCCGUGGUCCACAUCUGCCAGGCACAGGCUCUGUUGGGCUGUUGGGAGGAGGGGAGCGGGUGUAGAGUCUGGGGGUCUCAGUGCAUCUUGGGGUCUCCUUAUCUCAGGGUGUCCAGCUGACGGCAGCUGGUGCAAAGUUCCCACCCCUGAGCUGGGGGGCUGAAAAUGUUUUCUGUCUUGACCCUGAGUCCCGGAAGCACCUCAGCUGCUCUUGGUGGGCAAAGCCAGGACCGUUUGCUCUCUGACCCCUCCUCCCCACUGGGGCUGGUCCGUCUCAUUUCCCAGGGGACACUUCAGGCCACGGGCCUUGUGCAUAGGGACAGAGCUCCUUGCUGCAACCCCUCUCUGUGUUCCCAGUAGCAGCAGCACUGGAGUCCUAAAGCCGUAGCCCGGGAAAACACUCACGGCCCACCUUCUCAUACAGCUCGGCCCCACCCACAAUGCACCUGGCAUUUCCAACUGCACUUUGAACACCAAAGGUUCCCCAAAUGCUCUGUGUGUUUUAACUGCAAGAAGUGAGUUCUGUUGCAACUGCCUCCAGGACACACUCCCUCUUGAGGGCCGGCGGUGCUGGCCUGGGUUCCAUGGCCUCAGCAGCCGGCUCAGAGGGAGUGCAUCCAAGCCGCAGGGAAGCAGUGGUGAUGGGCGGCCUGAGGACUCCUUUCCAGAGAGGGCCUCUGAGCUCCUCUUAGGAAAGAACUUCCUUUGAGCCCCGGCCACUGUCGUACCAGUGGGAGAAGAAGCCUGACCCUGCCACAUGUGGUCAUGGGGAGAGAAGAUGGUAGGACAUCCCUGUGAGCCUUGGGGCAGAGCUGGUGGUAGAAAGAAGCCCUGUCUACUCUAAUUUGGCGAGAGGGGCCGUGGCAAGUGGCUGAUGAUGUGACUGAUGGAGACAGGGUGGCUUGGGAAGGUCCCACUUGGGGGUGUCACGUCCUGCAGGGAGUGGAAGAGAUGGAUCCUCCGUAGCCUGGACUGGUGGGUCUCGGCCUGUCUCCCAGAAGUGGCAGAGGCAGCUGCCUGAGAGUCAGUGCUGCAGUGGGCAGGGCCUAUGCCCUCACAGUCCUCAGGCUGCCAGGUCGUCCUCUUCCUGUUGGGGAGAAGAGGACCCUGGCAAUCCACAAUUUUGGAGAUUUGCUGGCUGCAGCCAAAAUGGGGACCCAACUCCCUCCUAUGUGGUUUUAGAGCUUCUGGAGGGAAGAUAGGCCACGCCCCUGGGUGAGGAGCACGUCUUCCCAUAGAUCCUAAGUCGGCCACACCCUGGGUGAGGAGCACGUCUUCUCAUAGAUCCCACGUCAGCUGCACCCUGGGUGAGGAGCACGUCUUCCCAUAGAUCCCAUGUCAGCCGCACCCUGGGUGAGGAGCAUGUCUUCCCACAGAUCCUAAGUCGGCCACACCCUGGGUGAGGAGCACGUCUUCUCAUAGAUCCCACGUCAGCUGCACCCUGGGUGAGGAGCACGUCUUCCCAUAGAUCCCACGUCGGCCACACCCUGGGUGAGGAGCACGUCUUCCCACAGAUCUCAACAGAACUCCACAUCGUCUGGUUUUGUGGAGACUUUCAUGUGUCCUGUCAAGGUGCCUCAUGCACCUGCAGACUGUUCUUGGGAAGCAAACCUGGACUGCAAAAUAAACCUCCCGGCCUCUUCCUGUCCUGGCUCUGAGCGUCUGACACUUCUGAGACCUGGGAUGUUCAGGAGGAGCUGUGGGGCGUCCAGUGCUUUUUGACAUAAAACUGCCCAUCCAGGUGCACCUGAGCAGGUGCAGGCAGGCCCAGGAGGAGGCCCGUGGGAAGUGGCCUGCCGGACAGAUUUCCGUGCCCACUCUUUCUCCUUCCUUCCUUCCUUCCUCCUUCCCUCCCUUCCUUCUCUUUCUUUCUCUUCUCUUCUUUCUUUCUUUUUCUUUCCUUCCUUCCUUCUCUCUUUCUUUCUCUUUUUCUUUCUUUCCUUUCCUUUCCUUCCUUCCUUCAUUUCAUUUCUUUGUUUCCUUCCUUCCUUCUUUCCCUCCCUCCCUCCCUCCCUUUCUCUUUCUUUUCUUUUCUUUUUGAGACGGAUCUCUCUCUGUCACCCAGGCUGGAGUGCAGUGGCACAAUAUCAGCUCACUGUAACCUCUGCCUCCCAGGUUCAAGCAAUUCUCCUGCCUCAGCCUCCCGAGUAGUUGGGACUACAGGUGCCUGCCACCACGCCUGGCUAAUUUUUUGUACUUUUAGUAGAGAUGGGGUUUCACCACGUUAGCCAGGAUGGUCUUGAUCUCCUGACCUCGUGAUCCACCCGCGUCAGCCUCCGAAAGUGCUGGGUUUUUGUAUUUUUAGUAAGAGAUGGGGUUUCACCAUGUUGGCCAGGCUGGUCUCGAACUCCUGACGUCAGAUGAUCCGCCCGCCUCGGCCUCCUGUUUUGUUUUCUAGAAUGUUACACAUCGAUUAGGUAAUGGCUAUCAAUCUCACUUCAUACACUCUGGAACAUGAAAGACUCCACUUCUGAUUUUUAAACCCAUUUUAACCUGCCUUGCAUUCCUAUGGCCCUGGACAGGUAAGCAAUCUCAUCCUGGCUUUACUGGGAUCAGGGGGCUUUGGGGGGCGGUGAGUGGUCGCAGUGGUGGAGGGGAGCCUGGCUCCCGGUGCCAAAGAGGAGCCCCGUGGCCCCCCAGGCCCACCAGCAAGACCCUCUGCCUGUUUUAGGGCUGGGUUGCCAGACACGAUACAGGACAUCCCGAUGAAUUUGAAUUUCAGAUAAAUAAGGAAUCAUUUUUUAGUGUAAGUCUAUCCCAUGCAGUGUUUGGGACAUACUUGACCUAAAAAAUGAUUCAUCAUUUUUCUGAAAUUCAGAUUUAAUGGGAUGUUCCGCAGUUUUCUUUUGGUUAACUCUGGCAAGCCUGUUGCAGAUUAUAUAUUUAUCUGUAAGAUCAGCAGUGGUUCCACUGCACAGGCAACCUGUUGGGAUAAAACCACAAAAGCAGCUUCGUUUUUGGCUUCUGCCAUCUCUUGGGUCAGUUGAGUGGUGUUUUCACCCCUCGAUGAAACUCACGCUCACCCCAUGCAUUCAUACAAGGCAUUCGAAAGCCCUAUUGUCACUUUAUUUUUUAUUUAUUUUUUUUGAGACGGAGUCUUGCUCUGUCGCCCAGGCUGGAGUGCAGUGGUGCAAUCUCGGCUCACUGCAAGCUCCGCCUCCCGGGUU